AUGAUCAUCAGCAGCGAGUCGAGCGACGAGGAGCUCUUUCCGCCUGCCGCCGAUGGAACAGCUGUCCCCUGCGCUGCCCGACCGGCGAAGCGCCUGAAGCGAAAGGCCCCACCGCCACGGGGUCCGUCUCCUGCCACGUCAGCGGGUGCCGUGACGGUCGCUCUGGACGCAGAAGAGACCCAGAGACUGAAGCGCGAGGCCCGGAAGAAGCGCAAGGCCGAGGAAAAAGUCGCUCGCGCAGUCGAGAAGCAGCAGCAGCUUCGGCACGAGCUGGACAAGGAACGCGCAGUCAGCGGUCGGGCGUACACGCUGAGUAUGGCCAUCCCGGGGUCCGUGCUGGACAAUGCCCAGACCAAAGAGCUGCGGACGUACGUGGCGGGCCAAGUCGCGCGGGCUGCUGUGAUCUUUCAAGUGGACGAGAUCGUCGUGUUUGACGACCAAUUGGGCACCAAAGCGAGCACGGGAGUGCCUCUUCAUCGCGCCCACGACUGCCACGUGUUUAUGGCGCGCAUCCUGCAGUACUUGGAGACGCCACAGUACUUGCGACGGGCGUUGUUCCCCAUGCACUCGGAUUUGAGCUGUGCUGGACUACUGAACCCGCUGGAUUGUCCGCACCACUUGCGCGCGCAAGAGUGGAGUGUCUAUCGCGAAGGUGUAGUGACUGAUCGACCGCUGAAGGAGAAGGAAGGCUCGCAUGUUUAUGUUGGACUACAGCGUGAAGUGGUGGUCGACAAACGUCUGACGCCUGGCGUUCGAGUCACGGUGAAGAUUGACGAAGCGUCCAAGGAGUUUAAGAAGAAGAUGGUGGGCAAACUAGUGUCGUCUGCUGAACCACGCGAGCAGCUCGGGGUGUACUGGGGCUACACAACUCGCUUUGCGUCUUCGCUGAGUAACGUGUGGACCGACUGUCCGUUCGCUGGAGGCUACGACCUGAAAGUCGGCACGUCCGAACGCGGCAAUGUCUCGGUUGAUGACGCCGACUUUUCACUGCCAAAGUUCCGUCAUGCAUUAAUCGUUUUUGGUGGCGUGGCUGGUAUCGAAGAGUGUGUGGACGCUGACGAGAAGAUUCCUGUGAGCGGCGCGGACUCAAAUACCCUUUUUGACAUGUGGGUCAACACGUGUCCGGAGCAAGGCAGUCGAACGAUUCGUUUAGAAGAGGCACUGUUGGUCUCCCUUGCAGCUUUCCGGCCGCACAUUGCUCGUGGUGGACGAGCGUGA